AUGGCUGUCGGCGAUACUGACAGGCAAAAGAGCCUCGACAAUGGCAUGUCGCGAGGAAAGCCGACAAAGAUGGCACGGAAGAGCCACCGCUCAUCAUACCUAAGGGAUACGGGCGUCGGUUUGCGCGCUGACGCCAGUAAAGCAUCGGAAAGGCCAGAGAAAGUGCCAAACGCUUUCCUGAUUGAAGAAGCAGACUUCUGCCGACGGCGGCCUCGCCUGCAGGUGAUCGCGUACGUCCACUCGGCCAUCAGCCGCGUGCAGGAGAGGCGGGAGACGCGCUCCACCUGGGCCAACGCCACGGCGUCUGGCCUCGGCGUCGAGAUCGCCGCCGUGUUCAUGGUGGGACGAGCCAAGAACCAAAGGGAAAGGCAGAUUGUUCAGGAGGAAAGCCAGCGGUACCAUGACAUCGUCCAGGUGAGACUGUUGUACCCGGAUUCCAGGCAGGUCUGUCACCGUUACGAUAAUUAUCUACACUCUCAAAAGCGUAGAAAAUGUGAGCUGCGGGAGGAGUGCUCGCCUUUGAGAUUUUCUGAAAAUAUGACUGGGUAUGUUAUUUGGAAAUGGGGCGAUUACGUGGAUCACUACCGCCAGCUCUCGCUGAAGGCGCUGUCGUCCCUUGCCUGGGUACAGCAUCACUGCCCUCAGGUUCCCUGGACGCUGCACGCAGACGACGAUGUUUUCAUUGACGUUUUCCUGCUGAAGAGCAUCUUGGAAGAUUUCCGAGCCGAAACUACGAAGGCGUUUUUAUGCAACAGCGAAUGGAGCCUGGCGCAGCGCGCGGGGCGGUGGGCCGUUUCCCGCGACGAAUAUCGCAACAACGAGUACCCAGUGUUUUGCACCGGCGCCGCCUGGGUCCUGCCGACUCGACUUCUGCCACGGCUUCUGAGAGCGUCCCAGACGGCGCCUUUCCUGUGGGUAGACGACGUUUAUAUCACCGGGGUUUUGGCUGAGCAUGCCGGCGUCACACAUCUCGGCACGGUUUACAAGUCCAAGCAUAUUCAGCCCUCAGAUGUUGGGGAUGUUAUAGUUUGGUAUCAUGUAAAAGAUGAUAGGAGAAAAUGGUGGAGAAAAUUAACACAUUUCUAUAGGAAGACUUUAAAGAAAGAGUAAAAUUAAUGUACAUUCUCCAUAAGAGUAUAGUUUAAAUAUAUCGUUAACCCCUUACUGACUGUGAAAGUAUCUAUGUAAACCUCGACAUCCAACAUGUUCAGUGUAACAUGGUUAUUUUAUACCAAGGAGCAACAGCUUUAGAAGUGGCAGCCACUGAGACACAUUUAAUCUGCAUGGUAACCUUGUGAUAGACUGGCAGCUUUGCUUUGUUCCGUUUUCACUUGUCCGGUAUAUAAUUCAGAUGACCUAACUAGGUUCAGUGUCUGUGUGUGCGCUCGUGCAAACGUGAUUCCUUUCAUAGUUUAUAUUAAAUGUCUAUGGUUUAUGGUUAAUGAUGGACCAAUGAAAUUAAGAAUCUACCCCUUUUCACAAUCAUGGUUUAGUCUCGAGAUCUAUGUUCACCAGUGGCAAUGUCAUCGAAAUCCAAUGUUCAUAAGCCUUACCUGGGCAUUUGCUUAAAUUUACACAUUUCUCAUCACAUUUGUAGAUAAGGCAUUUACUCUGAUCAACUAUCCAGAGGCAAUGACAUUUGUGUAUAGCUAGUGCUUGACUUGUUUUACCAUUAGGAGUUUUCCUUUGGAUUUUUUUCUUCUUCAUUUCUCUCUUUGAUCUCCUCUCGCUUU